CUGCCAAGAAAAAAAAUGUUUACAAAAAAUCUCGUUAAUUCACGCGAGAUUUCUCUGGGACUAGUGAGCGCGAAUUCGACAACCGGUCUGGUGGUCCUUCCCGUCAGUUGUAUGUGUUGUCUGCGGCUCCUGCGAGCGAGUUUCGUUUCUCCGCUCAGAGUAAGACCUGGUGGUCGAGAUGUCUAAAAGGAGAAGCAGCUCUGCCAAUGAACACCCCAGCAAACGAAGCAGACCCGAGCAGGAGGAGGUGGAGGAGGAUGGAGAGGAUGAUGAAAAUGUUGCUGACAACGACCAGGAAGACGUCAGUCUGACUAGACAGUUACAGUGCACCAGCGAUGUGGUGAGCGAUGCAGGGAUUGUGGAAAGCAUCACACUGAAGAACUUCAUGUGCCACUCGCUCCUUGGCCCAUUUGCUUUCGGUUCCAAUGUCAACUUUGUUGUCGGCAACAAUGGAAGUGGAAAGAGUGCCGUUCUGACAGCUCUGAUAGUUGCCUUGGGGGGGAAUGCACAGGCCACAAACAGAGGAUCAUCCCUCAAGGGUUUUGUGAAGGAAGGAGAAAGUUCUGCUGAUGUAUCGAUCACCCUGCGUAACAAAGGAAGAGAUGCUUACAAACCUGAAGUCUAUGGUCCAGCUAUUAUGAUAGACCUGAGAAUAACACGUGAGGGGCUGAGAACCUAUAAACUCAGGGGCAAAUCAGGUCAAAUUGUCUCAACCAAAAAGGAAGAGCUCAUUUCCAUCCUGGACAAUUUCAAUAUUCAAGUCAAUAAUCCUGUGUCAGUUCUCACUCAGGAGAUGAGCAAAUAUUUCCUGCACUCAAAAGGAGAGGGGGACAAGUAUAAGUUUUUUAUGAAAGCCACUCAACUGGAACAGAUGAGAGAGGACUUUGUGUACAUCAAAACCACAAAGCACGUCACAGAGGAUAAAGUUGGACAACACAGUGAAUGCUUGAAAGACCUGAAGCGGAAGUACCUGGAGAAAGAGGACCGUUAUAAGAGCCUGGCGUCGCUCGACGAAAUGCACAGCAAAGUGGAGGAGCUGCAGAAGCAGAUGGCUUGGGCUUUAGUGGCUGAGGUGGAGAAGGAGUUAGAACCAAUGAAGGAGAAGCUGCGGACAGACACACAUUCCACAGAAAAAUAUGAUGAGAAGGUGGAUGAAUGGAAGAAUAAGGUGGCGGAAGCUGAAAAGAAGCACAAGCAGAUUCAGGAACAGUUGGAAGGGAUCACCCAGAAAGUCCAGGAACUCCAGCCUAAAUGUGCAGAGCUCAAGACUGAGGCCCAGAGACGUAAUACCCUCUUCAAGGCCUCCGAGGUCACCGUGCACAGAUGCAAAGCUAACCUGAGAGACCUGGAGAAGGACAAAGUUCAGUUGUCCUCUAGGAUUAAAGAUCUCAAGCUGAGCAUCAGUCAGACAACAGGAGCAGAGAGCCAGGCCAGGGCUGCACGUGUGGAGCAGAUCCAGGCUGAGCUGGAAAACCUCACGCAUCAGGUCUCCACGCUAGGCCAGCAGAUUGACCAGUAUCAGCACGCUAGCACCCGUGCCAAAGAAGAGCAAGGAAAGAUAAGGAGGGAGCAUAGUGUGCUGCAGAGAUCCAUUGACGUCAACAAAAGGAACCUGCAGACUCUGGAGAGCAGUCGCUCCAAUCGGCUAAGGCGUUUUGGAGAGCACAUGCCUGCUUUGCUCAGUGCCAUCCAGGAAGCUCACAGAAAGGGCCAGUUCAAGCAAAGACCCAGAGGACCUCUUGGUUACCUGAUUAGCCUGAGGGACCCAGAGCUGGCCUUGGCUGUAGAAGUAUGUCUUAAAGGUCUGCUGCAGGCCUUCAUUUGUGACAACCAUGAAGACGAGAAGGUGCUGCAAGGUCUUAUGGCCAAAAUGUUCCCAGGAAGUCGCAGGCCAUCCAUCAUUACCAGCCAUUUCCUCCGACAGGUCCACGAUACAAGAAAGAGGGCUGUGAAUCACCCUGACUACCCCUCUGUACUUCAAGCUCUAGAAAUUGAGGACCCUGUUGUUACCAACUGCCUGAUUGAUCAAAGGGGUAUAGAGAGUAUUCUGCUCAUAAAGAAUCGCGCUGAGGCUCGAAGAGUGAUGCAGGGCGCACAUCCUCCCGCAAACUGUACCCAGGCCUUCUCUAAGGAUGGAGAUCAGAUUUACAAUAACCGUAGCUACACGGCUGAGCAGACCAGAGCCAACUAUCUCUCAGGAGAUGUUGAGGAGGAGAUCAGACACAUACAGAGGGAGAUGGAGAACCAGGAGGCUCAGGCAAAUCGCUUCCAACAACACACAAAGAGAUUAGAUGAAGACAUCAAACAGAAUGACGGGCUGCUGAGAAGAACCCACAUGGAACAAAAGUCUACUAAGGAUAAGGCCAUGAAGUUAGAGCUGGAGCUGACAGACCUACAGAAUGUGGAAGAGCCUCAGUCAGAGGACCUCAGGCCCCUGGAGGAGGAUCUUCAGGAGAUUGUUACUAAGAUCGCAUCCAAGCGUGCUGAGUGCGAUGAGGCCCGGACCCAGAUGGCCGAGCUCAAGGCCUCGUAUGAGAAGGCAGAGCAGGAGUACAAGCAGCACAAAGAGCACAUCAACACCAUUGCUGAGGAGGCUGAUUCAGUCAAGGAGGAUCUGAGUAAAACUGACCAGGAGGUUAUGAAGUGCAAACAUCACAAGAAGCACUAUGACGAGAAACGCAGUUCUCAUCUCACCAACAUCAAGACUCUUGAAGCCAACAUGAAAAGCAAAGAGCAGGAACUUGAGACGUCAGUGGCUAAAGCAACAGAGAUCUGUCCAGAACGCAUGACGGUUCGUCGGACAGCCAGAAGUCUGGACAGUGAGCUCAACCGUCUGAAGGCUAAGAUCAAUACCCAACAGGAACAGCAGGGGGACCGUGAGGAGGUUGUGAGGCAGUACCAUGAAGCUCUGGAGAACUACAAGAACAUGGCACAGCAAAUGAAGAACCUCAACAGCUUCAUCAAAAGCCUGGACAGUGUUAUGAACCACAGACUCCAGGUUUACGCUGAGCUCAGGAGGUUCCUCUCGGCCCGCUGUAAAUACUACUUUGAUAGCAUGCUGGCCCAGAGAGGCUACAGUGGAAGUAUGACCUUCGACCACAAGAAUGAGACCCUUUCCAUCUCUGUGCAGCCAGGCCAAGGAAACAAGGCUGACUUGAGCGACAUGCGCUGCCUGUCUGGAGGCGAGCGCUCGUUCUCCACUGUUUGUUUUGUUCUCUCCCUCUGGGCUAUCACCGAGGCACCGUUCCGCUGUCUUGACGAGUUUGAUGUUUACAUGGACAUGGUGAACAGGAGGAUAUCCAUGGACAUGAUGCUAAAGGUGGCUGCUGGUCAGCGCUACAGACAGUUCAUUUUCCUCACCCCACAGAGCAUGAGCUCACUUCCACAGAGCAAAAUCAUCCGCAUCCUCCGUCUCAAAGAUCCAGACCGCGGCCAAAACAACUCACAGCGAAGUCAAGAACAGGAUCAGUAAUAUUUCCAAGCUCAGUUAAACAUCAAACGAGGUAUGAAGACCACACUGUGACUGCACAACACUGUGGAAGAAGUCUCGUCACACGCUGGUUUCAGGUGGGCUUCAGUUCUGAGGGUAGUCCUCGGCUUCGCCAGUUAACUUUAUACUAUAAAAUAAAUCUAGUAUGUAAAUAAGUCAGUUGUUCUGCUUAGGAGGCAGUAUGUUAAAUGUUUUUGUACUGUAACGUUGAUCUGGUUGACUAAUAAAAUGUUGUAAAUACUGUUACAUUAAGGUUUAUUCUGCAGGGAACUAAUGUCUUUUUCUGUCCAUUGCCAAAAUACUUGUUAAAUGACUUGAAAAUUGGUGCAUUUAAGGAGUAAUGAAUGUCACGUUUAGGAGGACGUUACUCAUUAAACCAAACACAACAGGA